AUGGACAAGGGUGUCCCAGUCUGUUUCUUUGUAACUAAUGCAGAAUUAAUCACAACCUUGUCACAAUGGCUCAGUUGGGUUAAAUCUAACUGUAGCCUGCAUGUCAAGUGCGUGAUAAUUGACUGCAGCCCAGUUGAGAUUGGUGCCCUGGAGAAAGUCUUUGGUCAGUCGGUUCAGGUCCUUUUGUGCUACUGGCACAUCAAGAGAGCAUGGGAGAUGCACAUCAAAAAAGAUAUCAAGGAGGCGUUUUACCAGCAAUAUGACAAAUUUGUUUCCAAGUUUGCAGGUCAUGAGAAAUUUGUGGCAUACUUUGCCACGCACUGGCAUGCUAAGCGUGACCUUUGGUCAAUGACCUGGAGAUUGGAUGCCAGAUUUCACACAAACAAUCUUAUUGAAUCCUAUCAUCAUAUCUUGAAAGCUUACUACUUGAGAAGAUCAAGAAACUUCUGGAUUAUAUAUGGGUUCAAGAAGCUUGUUCUCACUCAUGUUGAGAAGGCUAAGAAGAAGAAGACUUUUGACGUUGCUCACAAGGAUGUUCUUUGCAUGAUUGAAACUGUAGAAGACAACUUGCUCUUGGUUAAAGAGGAAGUCCUGUCAGUCUGCUCUUGUCCAGACUCUAAUCAUUUGUGCAAACAUAUUUUUUUGGUCUGCAGAAUGAUGGGACUUCAAUACUCUUUAACUAAAGAGCUUCCUAUCGUCCAGAACCCAGAAGUUCAGGUAGUUGAGAGAAAUGAGGAGAGUGCUGCAGCACAAAAUGAGUUGCAUUUGCUUGAGCUUGAUGAAGUUUCUGAAAGCUUGUUCAAAAAACUUGAACAAGCUUUCAGAAAACAGAAAGCAGAAAACUUGAAGAGUGGUUCUGGGAUGGACGUAACAUCUCAGGUUUUGAGAGAUUGCUUGUCUCUGAUGGAAGAAACCGGCGUUGCUUCUCAGCAAAAGUUUUCUGAUAAUGUUUCAGUUGGGAAUGAAGAGAUUCACAACAGUAAAAGCGAUAGUGAUGAGAGUGAUAAUGCUGAGAAGAGCAGUGGUGAUGAUGAAAGCAGCAAUGGCAAAGAAAGCAAAGAUGAUGAUGAAAAUGUUGUUGAGAUUGAAGUCGAGGAAUUUGUUGAUGAAGAUCCUUUUGUCACCCCCAAUAUGCCAGAGAACCCAGUGCACAGGUUCAUUACUACAUUUGUAGUAAUGUUUGCUUCCCACUAUGUGGUCAACAAGGGUGCUAUUGUCUUGAUCGAGUUCAUCAACAAGCUCUUGACGAUUUAA